CCAGCUGUACGUUUCAACCUCCAUCAACAACCAAAAGCGACACAAGUGAACAUCGUCUUGGAAAUUCGUCGGUAUUAAAUUUUAGGGAUGACCACACUACUGAAGCAGUUCCAUGCGAAAAGUUGAACUUGCAAUCACGUGCAUUGACCCAAAAUAAAACCUUUGAAAAUGAUGAAAAUCAAUUCGAAUUUGUAGAAGACAAACAAGUCACCGCAAAAGACGAAGUUGACGUAUCGGAGCAUAACUGCAACGGUUCAUUUAAACCUCACAUUAAGAGAGCAGAGCCUGACGGUGAAAGCUACCCUAAUUCUUUUGAAUGUUCAUCUGUUUUAGAAACUGAAAGAAACUCAAGACGAUGUUUAUCUCCACUCCCUGUUGCUUCGAGAACGUGCGGUCAAACAUCAACAUUUUAUGAGUCCAGUUUGAAACAAAGUGAAAAGCAGCGUGGGGAAAAAUUGACUACAUUUUCCAAUUUAAUUAAUGACGAAAAUUAUGAGCUGGAAAACGAAGUUCAAUUAGAAACGUUAAUAAACAGAACACCUGAAAAGGAAGCGCAUGAAAGAGAAAAAGAAUCAAAUGUCCAUCCAAACAUAGAAGAGAUAAAGAUACCUAAAGAAAACUUUCUCCCAAAGAAACCGAUAGGUGAAGAAAAGUCGCAUGGACGAUCGUUUGAAUCAAACUCAACUGCAUCGUUACAAAACAAAAUAGAAAAUACUACUAAAUCGAGUACAUUCACAAAGAAUAGUUCUGAAGAAGACAGUCGACUUUCCUUCGCACCGAAAUUGAUUGUCAACACAGAUACUGAUCCAAACAACGUUUUUCGAAGCACAAUCGAACCAAGUGAUCGUACCACGAAAACCUCAAUAGACGAUCAAGAGGCUUCACUUGAAAAAAGAACAAUCGAACCAAGUAAUCGUGCUACAAAAACAUCAAUAGAGGAAGAAUUUCAAGAGCAUUCACUUGAAAAACCAUUGAAUUCAUCCUUGAUAAGCUGCAUCGAAACCACCGAGAUGAAGAAACUGGCACCACUCGAGCCCAUCGCUGGGAACAGACGAGGGGCGCCUGCUUUGCUUACGCCACUCGGGCAAAGGCGACUUGGGGCAACACUUCAAGCUAUGCAGGAGCGCGGGAGCGGAGUGCUUACAUCAGCCCCAGCUUUGACGCAAAAAUCAUCUCUAGCGACGUUACAAGCGCCUGGAGACGCGACACAACGAAUGAAACUGACGUCACAGAACGCGCUUGAUCCUUUCCCGCCCCCUGGCGACCAGUCUGCUGCUUCGGUGAAGAAAACGGCACCAAUCGCAGCUGCCAGGCAACGAGCCCCAUUGGAAGACUUGCUGAGGCCGGGGUUAGAUCUGAUGGCCAACACCGUCUAUGAAACUUCGGACGACGACGAAUCUCAAACACACGAGGAUCAUUUACGAGAAUCAAUUUCAAAUGCUUCUCAGUCGGCCGCAAAAAUGAAGCAACUGACCCAAACGUUCAGAAAUACAAGUCAAACAACACAACCGGUUCCUGGAUUGGUUCAGGAGUCAUCAAAUUUGGAACCGAUGAGAAGAACCGCACAGAGAUUGCCAGAAAGUCCACUUACGUCAGGGCUCCAGAAAAGGAAAAAUCUUCUUUCCAGAAUAGAAGAAACUUCGAAUAAGUCACUCGACGGGUCGUUGGAUCUUGAAAAAAGUGAGCGUUUAAUUCCAUCUUCCGGGGUUAAGACUGUGCUUGCUAAAUUGAGUGACGGAGAUAAGGAGUUAACCGCUUCUGCUGUCCGGCAAGAUCAAGCAAAAACCCGCGCUCCGGGAGCACAACAAGCGGUGAAAACGGAUUCAACAAAGGCAAUUCAAGCGGCCAAACCCAUUCAAACGGGAGCUACUCGACCAAUUCAACCUGCUAAUGUAGGUGCAACUCAAUUAGUCAAACCGGCUCAAGCCGCUAAACCACCACUUGCGAAACUCGGUUCUGUUGGCAUGGAAAGUCAGGCUUCAAAGCCACUCCAAGCCAGCAUUUCUCAGCCAGUAGCUAAAGGCCCACCGGCUAAGUCAACUCCAGCUCAGUCGGCUGCCACAGCCAAACCGACUCAAGCUCAGGCAACCGCAGCAGCCAAGCCAACUCCAGCUCAGUCGGCUGCCACAGCCAAAUCAAGUCCUGCUCAGCCAGCUGGUCCAGCCAAGCCAAGUCCUGCUCAAACAGCUGGUCCAGCCAAGUCAAGUCCAGCUCAGCCAACUGGGUCCACAAAGUCAACUCCCGCUCAGCCAACUGGUCCAGCCAAGUCAAGUCCUGCUCAGCCAACUGGUCCAGCCAAGUCAUCAACGAAAACAAAUAUUAUAGCUUCAACAACUGCCCAGGUGCGUGGGACAGACCGCAGUGAGGAGACGGUGAACGGUAGCGGGCUGUCUAAUACCUCAUUCGCUGCUCUAACAGAAGCCUUAGCACGAGCCCUGGCCCUACAGUCCACGGUUUAUCCUGCAGCGCCGGCCCCUCUCCCCAAUUCGCUCAUGUCAACAACUGUCAAUCCGCUCCUGUCAACAACUGUCAACAACGUGUCGCCAAUGAGCGCUGAGUUAUCAGCAAUCUCUGGCGAGCUCGACAGGAAUAUGGGCGCUGUUCUACGGAAGCGUGAACUUGAACUAAAGUUCUGUCAUGAAGAACAAAUGAAGCAACUUGCCCGUGAACACGAGAUCAACAUGAACAAGUUACGGCAGCAGCUGAAAGACCAGGAGGAGUUUCAGAUCCGAUUGACUGAAGAGAGAAAGAAUCUCAUCAAAGAAAGCCAUGAAGCUCAGAUGUCAAGAUUGAAUCGCCAGCAUGAAGACGAGUUGAGCGAACUCAGACGACGCCACAAGCGAGAUAUCGACGAGGUAGACUCGCAAAUAAGAAGUGAACUCGUCCGCAAAAAGAACGAGUGGGAGAACCAACUGUCUCUUCUCCGACGACAGAUGCAAUCUCAACUUCCAGACCAUCAAGAUUCAGAGGUUGAGGAUGAUGAAGAGUUCAUUACGUCCAAGGUUUUAGAUGAACAUUUCAGGAGUUUGUUUGAAUUCAAAGGAAAAGGGAAGAAGCAGAAGGGAAGAGGCAGUAAGGCUUUUCAACCAGAUGAAUGUGAUCCAACACCUACACUGAAUCUCAUUGACUCUGCUAAAGAAAGUGUUGAAUCGCACCUACAAAUGCUUAAGCACAAAGAGGAAAAUGUUCAGAACAUAAGGAAGCAGCUGGGAGAGAGGGUUAAAGGGUUUAAAACUAUUCUAGAAGAAAGUAAUUUGUCUUCAUCUCCCUACGAAAACUUUACCGAUAAUAAUCAGCACUCUGGGUCUAAAAACUCCGGUCAUCGCAAGUUACAUCCUCAGUACAAGUUACAUGGUAAGAAAAUUGUUUUUGAAGAAAAUCUAAGUAAGAAAGGCGAAACCAUCAGUGAAUCGCGAUCCAGAGAAACUGGAAGUCCCACGAAAGCUUAUGUGAGCAAAACGGGAAAGUUUGAAAGACCAUUAAUGUUUACCGAGCAUGAAUCUUUUUCAGAGCAUGAGAGUUCUCCUAAGAGUAGCUCUCCCAAAGAGGAUUCUUCUAACGAGGAUUCUUCUAAUGAGAGUUCUUCUAACGAGGGUUCUUCAGCCCAUUCAGUUUCUAAAAAUGUUCUGCUAACCAAAGAAGAAGUGCUUCUGGUGAAGAAAGAUCAAGAGAGACGUCGUCAGAAGAAUUUAACUGAUGCUCAACCACAGUUAGACAUACCUUUUUCUUCAGGAGCGAAGGAACCUCCGGGCGAUGACAUUCAUUCAAAUCAUACGUACGAGAUAUCCGAAGAAAGUUCUUCGACGGAAAGUAUAGACGUUGCUGCUGCUUCGAAACAGUCGCAUACGAAUCAUGGCAAUAACAAUAUUUCGUCUGACGACUCCUCACCAAGCUCAAAUGGUGAAAAUAAAUCAGAAAAUUCCUUCCGAAAUUUCUCCACUUCUUCAACAAACACAGAAAGCGAAAAAUCGGUUAAAACUUCGAAGACCACGUUAAUUCGUCCAAGAGAGAAUUUCUCGAAACCUCCUCCGUACCGGAAUCAAAAAUCGAAGAAACCUAACAACCGCUCACUUCGAGGUUCAACCGAACUGUUGGAUCUACUGGAACCGACAUAUGCCUGGGCCGACGACCCUCUUCUGCUAAAAAGCAUUCGACUCACAAGGGAUACCGAAACUUUGUUGAAUUCAAGAAGACUUGGCCCUGCUUCAUCCACUCUCAAUUUGGCAUUAAAUUUGCGUGAGAGUUUCGAAGAUUAUUUCCUCGAAGACUUGGAAUUGAAUCCGCUCAUUCCCACACGACCGGUCGAUGACGAAGCUGUCGCAUCUGGGAUCCCAAUGCUCAGCGACACCGAUUCGGAAGACGCUGAUCUUGAUAGAUUAAUAACAAAACUUAGAGGCAGACGGAAGAAUAAGGACCGAGGGCCAGUUGGACGAAUUGCCAAACCUUCUUCACGUCGACACAGCAUUGACGGGGCUGUGACAUUGUCUGGUCACCGCGGGGAGCAUUUCAGCGAUGGAAGAGCACGGCAAAUCGAUGGUGAUGUUAGAUUCAGGCAGGGCCAUGUAGCAGGCGCCUCAGACCCGCUCAUUGGUGGUGAAAGACUCGUGGCAGACCGUUGGUUGUCUUACUUCGGAACAGACCGAGUCGCCCCUCUGGCGGGUCCAGCUGGCUGGCCUCUGCACGCUGGCUUGGAUCCAGUAUCUGGAAUGGGAAUGGCACCGGGAACUGGAAUACCCUAUGGAACUGGAACUUUAAUACCGUAUGGAACUGGGAUAACGCCUGGAAUUGCAGUUCCAGGAACCAGAAGUGCCUCGAUGUCAACCGGAAAUGAAUUUCAGUCUGGAUUUGGUCCAGCAAAUCCUAAGGAAUAUCCAGCCACGUCAGGAGCAGCUGAUCUGCACGCCAGGGUUGAGGAACUGAAGGCCUGGCUCAGAAGGCAGGACGGUGCCAAGCUCGCGCAUGGCAAAAUGUGAAGACCUUUUGACUUACUGUAGAUAGCCUUAUUGCUUUGACGAAUUUAUGACUUUAAUGGCUUUAAGACUCUGACUGCCUCACCACUUGAACUACCAUAAAACUUCACGACUCUAAAAACCACUCAACGUAAGCGAUUUAAAUGACCUCACAACCUAUAAUGGCCACAGUACUAUAAAAGUUUUACAACGUAUGAGCUUACAACUACCAAAUCAACAAAUUUAUGGAUAUUGGCUGAUUUAUUGAACUGACUCCACUACAUCGACGAUUUAACAAUUUUCAUGACCUAACGGCUCAACACCCCUCAAUCUCUGAUUAAUUAACAUCCCUUCGAGUCUACCGACCUUACAUCUUUGUUGAAGAGUGUACAUACACUGUCGAGGCCACUUCUUUUCUGUGCAAGCAGGCCAGGAGAUAUAUUGGUUUACUAGACUUGGAGCUGGGAUGAAUUAAAUGAAUUCCUUUCAUGGACCCUUAAGGGAUUCCCUUCAUUCCCUUACACAAAAACUGUAAACUUGGCCCGUCCGCCAAAGCGCAAAAUUUCAAGAGCCUUUAGGAAGUGGGAGAGGCGCUGCCAUAUUUCAUGAAGUCGCCCCUACAAAAUCAUAGCUUGAACCUGCCCAGCCGGGCUGCGUAUAAUCAAUGCAAUGCUUCUUCUUGCGCAGACGUCGAUGAGUUUUUGUAAAAGUUUCAAAACUUGGUUUUAUUAAAAAAAGGAGUUAGAAGUUCUUGCAUGAGUGAAUGAUAAUGAUUUGUCGAGUACGAUCAAACUAUAUAUGUAUCGUAGGCUAACGUUUCGCUGUUUACAGUCUGGGAACGAUUUUAAUUAAGAAGGGUAAAUUUGCUUUAAUUGUAAAUUUUGAAGCUCAGGGUGGAACUUAUACUGGUGAUGUUGUACACUGUACUGGUUUUUCGAGUGCCUUAACAAAAAAGUGAUAGAUAAAGAAUGAUCUCAUCAAUAUUCCAAGUGUUUGUAGUUUAUUGGAAUUAGUAAAACUAUAACAUGCUUAACAAUAUCAAAAUUUUCAGCGUUUAUUUUAAAUCUGAAACAAUAUCAAACUCCAAACCAAUUAAACUGUCUAAGCAUUAUUAAAUUGUUGUAGAUGGUAAAUUGGUUGUCCAGAUGUUUUUCGUGGACAAGGAAGUAGAAGUAACAGCAUUUUUAUCCAUGUUUUCAUGCAGUUCCCAUGUGUGCUCUCUUUCCGUUGAGAUUUCUCUUGAAGAUCAUCAAAUAUGAUACUGAGCAAAAAUAAUAAUUAAACAUGAGUAAAAUAAAUUGAAAAUAGUGUGAAAUGAACAGAGUUCCUUCAAUGUACUGUUCUUUUGGAGCAAAGUAUUUCGACGCUCACUUUGCGUACUACGUAGGAGAAAUCCGGUAGCGAAAGGCAUCAGUUCUGUAUUGUAUAAAAUGGCUGCUGGUGAACUGUUCCUAAUCUAUUGCGUUAUUGCGUAAUGAUGCAAUAAUUGCAUCAUGCUUAUAUCACUAAAGUGCUUAUUGCUCACUAUUUACUAAGGAGAGGAGCCCUCUUAAUUUGAUUGCUUCGGCAUAACUAAAUGUGGAGAAACACAAGCUGAGCUUAUUUUUAUUCAUAAUGUAUAAAGCAGUAUAUGAAAGUAGUUAUACGAAUAUAUAGUUAUUCGUAAGUACAAAGCACACUUUUUGAUACAGUAUUCAAUACCUUAUUCGCAGAUAUGAGUACUUGUGAACAUAGAAUUUUUG